AUGGGUAUUUACAACCACAACAACCACGACAACCACGACAACCACAACAACAACCACAACAACCACAACAACCACAACAACCACAACAACCAUAACAACCACAACAACAACAACAUCACUACUAUCAACAUCACCAUCAUUCAUCGUCUCGUAGAAGAUUCCAUAGCCGCGGAAUUGCUCGUCCCGAUAACAGCGCGUUCCGUCUGGACUUUGCCGUUAUACGGUACCGGUAGCUUAAAGCGUGUAGCCGUUUCGACUCGACUUCGCUUGCACGUCAAUAUGAACAUCAACAACAAUAUCAAUAUUAAUAUUAAUAUCAUUAUCAUUAUCAACAUCAACAUCAACAUCAACAUCAACAUCAACAUCAACAUCAACAUCAACAUCAACAUCAACAUCAACAUCAACAUCAACAUCAACAUCAACAUCAACAUCAACAUCAACAUCGUAUCUCAUCUCAGCUUUAUCAAUUGCAACCAUCUUGAAUAA